AUGCUUCCGAAUGGAUUGAAUAAAAUUAUGUUCCGCACACCGAAAAGGGUGCUCUUUCCGGCAAGACAUUUGUCUACCACUACCCUGCUUCGGCAGCAGGGCUCCAGCUCGACCACUGAGACCAAAACUGUCAAGAAAAAAGAUUCUAAAUUGACAAACUUCAACCCGAGACAUCUGGGUAUAUCUGCAGAAGUCUAUAUUCCCCCCUCCUUCAAAAAUCUGCCAAGUUUUUUCAGAUCUCCGGUCGUCUUUGGUAAUGCCCUCAUCAGACGCAUCUACACUUUUGGGCUAAAUACUGUCCAAGUCGCGUUAUUCCGAUACCAGUCUGGGUUGAAACCCAACUUUCUGCUGUGGAAAAAUAACGCAAUUGAGAGCUACGUCGACGUGAACAAAGCAUUUGCAGCUCGUAAUUUGUCUUCUAUAAAACCGUUGGUGUCACUGUGGGUCGAUGAAGCGCUCACUGCAAGAGCGAAACAACUUCCUAAAAAUUUCGAGCUAGACUGGCAGCUACUUAAAUUUGAAACUGUUCCCAAGCUCGUCUCUGUACAAGUCAUGAUGGUUCCUGGACACCCGCUUGAGCACAUUCAACUAAUUUACAAAUUUGACACUAAGCAACGGCUGAUCAAAUUGAAUAAAAAUACACACGAAACCGAGACGCUUGAUCGCGAUGUGACCGAUUACGUGGCCUUUCUGUGCGAUGCCUCGAGUGAUGAGCUCAUUAUGAUGGGCUCGGUUUUCGAAAGUCCACCUGACGCUAAGCUUCCCAAAAAUUUCGAAGACGACAUGAGCAGGGCCAUUCAGCGCAUGAAAAUAAGUGGUGACAUUUUCCGCGUUAACAGUAAAUAA